UUGAUAUCAAAAUGCAGGCACCGAAUUUUGCUUCUACUGUCCUGCGAUGCGCGCGCUGCAACAAGCCCUUCGACAAGGGCAAGUGUCCGUCCCGAAACUCUAUACCGCACGUUUCGCUGACACUAGGGCCAUGCAGAGUCCACACUCAGGAGACAUGGCUAUUACUGUCGGUCCCGGAAGAGUGAAAUUGGCCCGCGGGCCCGCUCUUGCGUGGCCUGCGCCAAGAGAAAGGCGCGUUGCGAUCAUCGGCGUCCGAGAUGUUCCAGUUGCAUGGCGAAGGCCGUUGAGUGCGAGUAUCCAGCGAAGCCUCCCCGAGACGUACGACCCAGAAGUGCACGGGUCGAUGCAUUGACCAGCCAUUUGAUCACACCUGAAGCGCUAAACGAGAGUGCUGACGUAGACACUGUACUUGAAGUUAGCGAUGAUGUCGCGACGUAUGCGGAUAGUGAAUUCGCUAUGUCGAACUUGGACCUCGAGUUUCUAGACCGAAUUUUGCUUGGAGCAGAUCACGCAACACCAGGCCCGCACAAUUUUGUGCUUUCUGCAAUAGGAACUGAGGCCGGUCAAUACCCGUUUCCGGAGUCUCUAUCAGAGGCUGUUAAUGUGAAAGCUUCAAUGCAACACAAGCAGCUCACGCCAAGUUUAUCGAUUCCCAUGGCCCCAGCUCAAAAUAUUCGCUCGCUGCUACAGCGUCCGAGGUUGAAUGUGGGAUCCCAGAGGACUGCGAAUCUAAUAUUACACACAUUGAGGGCCUACCCUCAGAUGAUGCUACGCGACAACCUCCUUCCUCCCUUCAUUCAUCCUCAUCUGAUUCGUUUAGAUGUCACGGACGACGAUAUGGAGCCGUUGACCAACUGCAUUAGUCUGGUGCAUAUGACCACCGGCCCGGUAAGAGGCAAUCGCAAGUUAUUCUGGAAGAACGUUCAUUGGGAAUGUGAGCGACUGUAUGCGGAGCACACGAAGCUGAACAAAUGGGAGCUACUUGCCGCGAUGCAGGCUCUGUCUAUCUACAUUAUCAUGAGACUGGAAGAGGGCGAGACGGAGCACAACAAUGUUGAUUUGUUGUUGCUCUCGACAGUGACGGUAAUUGCCAGACAGGUCGGCAACCGCAGCUUUACCACUAACACCCAAGAAGAGGGUGGGCGCGGCCACACCAGUGUGCCGUGGGACGAUUGGCUCUUUGAGGAAUCCAGGCGAAGGCUAUGCGUGAUCUACCAGGUCGUGAGUAUGCUGGUGUACUUCGACCCAGCCUCCAUGUGCGAACAUCCCACAGAUCUCGUUUUAUCCCCUCUUCCCGCAAGAAGGCAACUGUGGGAAGCGGGCGACGAGCUUACCUGGAAGGCUGAGGUAGAAAGGGGGCCUGCAUCUAGGGAGGAGUAUGGCAUGGCAGCCAAUGGUGAGCUUGUGCGACUCACCGAGGACGAUGUCUAUUGCCACGAAGCCGUGGCUUCACAGAGACCCACCGGUGGUAGGGAAGCUGCGACAUGGGAGGAUUGGUGUUCCGGUAUGGAUGGGCUGGGUGGGCUGGUCAUGCUUGCUGCUUCCCUGGUGGGAUAAUUUCUUUG